AUGGGCCAGCACGAGACCUUGGGAGAAUUGAAUGACCGCGCCUUCAUCCCGCGCGUCGAGCUCGGCCCUACUGAGCUGCCCGCUGCCAUCAAGGGGCUGGCGUUCCAGGCGCUGCUGCAUAAUUUCACCAAGGCCGGGUGUGCCGUCGUCGGCUGUAGCAACGACAGCGUCGAGAAGAAUAAAACCUUCUCUGAUGCGCAGGGUUUCACUUAUCCGCUCCUCUGCGACGAAGACCUCUCCGUGGCGGCUGCAUACGGUGCGGCAUUGAGCGCGGAGGAGGGCGGCCCGAAGGCGAAGCGCGUCGCGGCGCUGAUCGACAAGGGUAAGCUCAUCAAGUACUUCGACCCGGCAGGCAAGGGCGAGUUCCCUUGCCAAGCGCUCAAGGUAGUCGAGGCGCUCAUCUAGAGCGACGCGAUAGAGGAGAUCAGAUUGAACCCAGGAGGAGACCACGCGUGCUUCGCGAAUGACGGCGUCGCCCGUAAACCGCGCCAUCACCCAAAAACCUCCUGGGUUGAAUGGGUAGGCGGCGGGUGACGCCUGAGACUGCACGGCAAGCGUCAUGUUUUUAGAUCUGAAGAGCGUGCGAAGAGGGAGCCGGCAGAUCCGCACAAAAACCAUCUCCAUCACUGUCUCGUGUCUGUCACGGGGCAUUCAGCCAAAAUGUGGGGGGAGAACCAUUUCGCAACUGCGUCCAUAUUACGUACCUGCGGUACCCGGGAGACAGGAGUGGGAGUGCUUAAC